CAUUUCUUGCAAGAAUCCAAACUGCGGUCCAAAAUUGAGUCCCCCUUUUCUCCACGAAGAAGAUCAAAACCCCAGCUGAACCUCACUCUCCGGCGGCCCCCGGAUGUCUGAUGAAGUAGGCUAUGUGGUGGGCAACUCCCUUAAGGUACACUACUUUAAAUCUCCCUUGUUUUCCCACCAAACACUGAACUCGCAAAUGUUAACUCUCUUCAAACUCACUUGUCUCCCCAAAAAGACAAAUUCUUUCUGUUCUAGUUCCUGUAAUACUAGAAAGAUUAAUUAUUUUGACCAGUUUUUGCCUCUUUUUGAUAAAAAGAUCGAUUCUUUAAGCUAUUUGAACUCAAAUGAGAGGAGGAGAGUAGUUGUUGGGCUGUCUAGAAUUAUUAAACAAGGCCAAGGUUACAUUUUGAAGGGAUUUGCUAAAAAAAAUUGCCCUUAUUUUUUAGUUAAGAUUAUGAAAUCAUUAGAAUCUAGAGAAACUGCAUUUGGGUUUUUUAAGUUUGCAUUUCAAGAUGAUUCUGAUGAAAUAGUCAAGUCUUCUUGUGUUGCGGCACAUGUUUUAGGUGCACAGAAUCUCAAGUUCCUCGCUCAAGAUGUGGUUUCUUGGGUUAUUAGGAGAGUUGGGGUUGAUAGGAGGAGGGAGGUAGUGGAGUUUAUGUGGAAAAGGCAUGCUGAAUUUGAGUCGGAUUUCUCAGUUCUUGAUACGCUUAUGCGGGGUUUUUUGAAAGUGGAAAUGGGUUGUGAGGCGUUGGAGAUUGUGGGUAGGAUGAGGGAGGUGGGUUUGAGGCCAAGUUCAUCAGCAAUUACAAUUCUUUUUAAGUUGUUGCUUAGAGUUGGUGAUCAUGGUAGUGUUUGGAAGUUGCUUAGGGGUAUGAUUCAUCAAGGGCCUAGACCUUGCAAUCAUAACUUUAAUGCGGUGAUCCUUGGUUUCUGUAGAAAAGGACAUGUUAAAGUUGGGGAGAGUUUGUUGUGCGUGAUGCAGAAGUUUAAGUGUCAACCAGAUGUUUAUGCGUAUAACAUUUUGAUUAAUGCAUACUGUACAAGGGGACAGACUGUAGAUGCACUUGGUUGGAUGCGCUUCAUGAUCGAUAAUGGUUGUACACCGAGCUUGGUUACUUUUGGUACAGUCAUAAAUGCAUUUUGCAAUCAGGGAAAUAUGAUAGAAGCAAGGAAUCUUUUUGAUGGGAUGAAAGAGGUCGGUCACAUUCCCAAUGUUAUAUGCUAUAAUACGUUGAUGAAUGGAUAUGUUAAGGCGAGGGAUAUUGGUCAGGCAAACAUGCUUUAUGAAGAAAUGAAGAGCAAGGCUAUAGCUCCUGAUUGUACAACUUUUAAUAUUCUGGUUGCAGGGCAUUAUAGAUAUGGAAGAGAGGAAGACUGUGACAGAUUGUUGAGGGAUUUGUCACAAUCAGGCUCGCUUCCAAUUAGUUCACUAUAUAAUAUUUGUGUUUCAGGCUUGUGUUGGGCUGGCUGGCUGGAUGAGGCCAUGAAACUUUUAGAGGAUAUGCUUGAGAAAGGAAUAACUCCAACUGUAGUUGCUUUUAAUUCAAUAAUAGCAGCUUAUAGCAGGGCUGGCUUAGAAGAGAAAGCCUUUAAAGCGUAUAGAAUGAUGGUUAAAUUUGGUUUAUUUCCUUCAUCUUUGACAUGCAGUUCAUUAAUCAUGGGUUUAUCCAAGUUGUGGAGGCUGCAAGAAGCUAGGGACCUUUUGUAUGAGAUGAUAGUAAAAGGCCUUCCCAUCAACAAAGCAGCUUUUACUCUGCUUUUGGAUGGGUACUUCAGGAUGGGGGAUGUGGCAGGUGCUUAUAGCCUGUGGAAUGAGAUGGAAGGGAGGGGGAUGCAUCCUGAUGCUGUUGCCUUUUCAGCCUUUAUUAAUGGUCUUUCUAUAGUUGGUCUAGUGGAUGAAGCAUAUGAUGUAUUUUUACAAAUGUCAAAAAAAGGGUUCGUGCCCAACAAUUUUGUGUAUAACUCUUUGAUCCGUGGCUUUUGCAACAGUGGGAGGCUGCAGGAAGCAUUGAUGUUGGAGAGGGAGAUGGCACUAAAGGGUCUUCUUCCUGAUAUUUUUACUAGCAAUAUAAUCAUUAACGGUCUCUGUAAAGAAGGCAGGAUGAAGUCAGCAAGUGAUGUAUUUAGAAACAUGCACCAUACUGGGUUGAUCCCUGAUAUUGUCACCUACAAUACUUUGAUUGAUGGAUACUGUAAAGCAUUUGACACAGUUAGUACAGAAGAAAUCGUGAAUAAAAUGCAUGCCACUGGAUGGGACCCAGAUAUCACUACUUAUAAUAUUCGUCUUCAUGGGUUAUGUACUGGUCAGAAAAUGAGUCGAGCUGUGAUGAUGCUGGAGGAGCUUAUUUCAGCAGGUGUUGUUCCAGACACAGUAACAUACAACACUCUUAUGAAUGGUGUUUGUACUGACAUUCUGGAGCGUGCCAUGAUUGUAACUGCCAAAUUGCUUAAGAUGGCAUUUGUUCCUAAUGUCGUUACAGCCAAUCUACUAUUAUCUCACUUUUGCAAGCAGGGAAUGCCUGAAAAGACCAUUAUGUGGGGUCAGAAGUUGAAUGAGAUCUCCUUUGGUUUCGAUGAGAUUUCCAUAAAAUUAAUGGAUAGAGCCUUCCGUAACAUCCAAGAUAAUGUUAACUUGCCAAAACCACCACCUGAAAAGAGCCUGUUUCUGGAUUUCCUCAUGUACGUUACAUACGAUUAUUUGAGCAGAAAUAGUCCUCAAAAGAAAGAAAAUCAGGGUUCACUUAAACGGAUGGAAAUUGGUUAUGGUGGAUCCUGAAAGCUUGUUGGAUGGGUUUCUAGGACUUAAGUUUUCGCGAUGUGCAAAAAUCUGUGUGAAAGCAGAACCUGGUAUGCCUUGUUGAAGAUUACCCAGCUGUCUGCACAUUAUAGUGGCAAUGAGUUUUUGAAGCACCAUGCAUAAGGAGACAGUAAUCUUCUUUGGUUGAUAUGGUAUUAGGGAAGCUGCUUGCUGCUCUUGGAAACUUGCAUGCUGUAGAAGAGAUACAAGAAUAGGGUAUAACCUAAAAGAAAAC